AGUAUGCUAAAAUCCAAAAUGGAGGAAAACAACUGGGAAUCUAUAUUGGAUGAUGACUUUUGGAAGCUAUAUGAAAGUAAUAAUUCAAUCAUGCCUGUACUAAAACUAAGCUAUGAUCACCUCUCUUUUGAAUUAAGACAGUGCUUUGCUUAUUGUUCCUUAUAUGCAAAAAAUUGGAGAUAUGAUAAGGAUGACUUGAUUGAAUUAUGGAUGGCACAAGGCUUUCUUGAUAGUCAAAAUGAAAAACAAUGUCUAGAAGAUGUUGGCCAACAAUAUGUUUGUGUUUUGUUGAUGAGGUCAUUUCUUCAAGAUGUUGAGAUGAAUGAAUUUGGUGAAAUAAAGUACUUUAAAAUACACAAUUUGGUACAUGACCUCUUGCAAUCUGUUGCAAGCUCUGAUUAUCAGUUAUAUAAUGAGAGGAGAAAAAUGGUUGCAACUCCUAUGCAUGUUUCCUUUGACUGUGAUUCCAACUGUUCGUUAGAUUUGUUGAAUGCAAAUAGAUUGAGAACUAUGCUUGGAAUACAAAGACUACUAGAGAUCAAUCCCUCUAGUUUGUUAGACUUCAAAUGCUUGCGGAGUCUAAACCUAUCAGAAAGUUUAAACAUCAAAGAUUUGCCCAAUUCAGUUGGUAAAAUGAAGCAUUUAAGAUACCUUAAUCUCUCUCAUUGUGAGAAUUUGACCAGCUUGCCUAACAGUGUAAGCAACCUAGUCAAUUUGCAAACUUUGAAACUAAUGGGAUGUUAUACUCUUAGAUUUUCCAUAGAUUGUGUCCCAAAGUUGGUCAGCUUGCGUCAUCUUCAUAUCAAUAACUGUAAGGCCUUUGAAUGUGGAAUGCCAAUUGGGCUGGAGAAAUUGAAUGCCCUGCAAAGUUUAUCAGAUUUUAGAGUAGGCAAUGAUAUUGAUAAGGAGAGAAAAUAUGCAAAACUGAAUGAACUGAAAGAAUUCAAUCUUAGACAUGAAUUAUCUAUUGAGAAUCUCAACUUAGUAAGGGAAGUUGAAGAAGAGUCCAAGGAUGUUAAUUUGAAAGUAAAGAAGAACCUUAAGUCUCUGAGACUUGAUUGGGGAAGAGCUACAGAGUCAAGAAAUAGUGAUAGCUUACAACUUCUAGAAAAGCUAUGUCCUCAUCCAAGUUUGAAACAAUUGACAGUGGAAGAUUACCCAGGGCUGAGAUUUCCAGGUUGGCUUUCUUCACUCACAAAUCUUGUAGACUUAAAACUCGAUGGUUGUGGGAAUUGUCAAUACUUGCCAUCAUUGGAAGCAUUGGUUUCUCUUAAGACUCUAUGUAUAUGGAACAUGGAUGAUUUGGAAUACAUAUGUUAUAAUAAAGGUUGUUCCUCAUUGCACAAAACUAGCUUCUUCCCAUCUUUGAAGGACAUGAACUUUUCUGAUUGUGAAAAUUUUAGGGGAUGGCAAAGGGAAGCAGAUGUCAAUAAUGUAAUCGAUAAUGAAAUGCAUCGUUCACUGCCUCCAUUUCCUUGCCUUUCAUAUAUAAUAAUUCAAGAUUGUCCAAACUUGAGUUCCAUGCCUACGUUCAGUCUCGUGGAGCGCUUGGUUUUGAAGAAUUGUAGCACGAAGCCAUUGCUAGACACUGUAAAAGCUAGCAUAAGUGGAUCGUCUGCAACACAAGAUUCAUGUCCUUCUCUUUCUAAGCUCGAGUAUUUAGGGUUUCAAGAUAUGGACGUAGAAGCUUUACCAGAAGAGUGGAUGCGAAAUCUUACCUCUCUCAAGAAUCUUUCUAUUGGUGGCUUAUCAAGUUUAGUGAGUAUGUUUCGUCAUAUGCGACAUCUACCUGCUGAACUUGAACAAGUCACUUUUCAAGGCAUUAACAACCUUAAUCCAUGGAGCGUUGACGAGGGUUUUAGCACACAGUGUCAAGCAGUUCAAUGCCUUCAUUCUCUCCAAACAAUCAACAUUCUCUUCUCUGAAAAUCCCAGGACUUUACCUGACUGGAUCUGUGAUCUCCAAUCGCUACAAUUUAUCGUCAUUCAUAAUUGUCAAAAUCUGGAGUCAUUACCUGACGGAUUACAACGCCUUGUUAAUUUACAAUCAUUGCAAUUGAAUGGAGAUCUACUUUUAUUACAAAGAUGUGAGAGAGGAAGAGGUUCAGAAUGGCCCAAAAUUUCUCACAUCCCUAGCAUAUGGAUUAAUGGCUAUCAGAUAUGAUUCUUCCUUGCAUCCAUCUAAAGUCAAUCUAUUAUACAAAUAGAAGAAGCCUACUCUGACAUGCUUUAAUUCAUCACUCAUGAGCAAGUGGAGUGCUGAAUUAUGUGGAGAAGAAUGUCAGUAGAGUGGAUGCUGUCAUGCAGGAAAAUGACUUUUUGGGAAGGUAAAAGGAUCUAUGUUUUUUAUGGGAGACUCAAAAGCAUAAGGACUGGAUAGCUUUUUAAGUGAUUUUUAUCAAUCUACUUGGGAAAUAUUGGGUGACAAAGUGUUUGAAAUGGUUAAAUCUUUUCUGGAGGAAAGUGUUUCUCUACAGCAGAUAAAUUAGACUAAUAUUGUGUUCAUCUUGAAGAUUUAUUAGCUUAAAGAGAUUGUAUUAUUGGUGAAGAUUGUGGUGGGAGAGAAAUUUUAAGGAAUAAUUUAUUGAAAAAGCCACAAGGUAACCAUGCUUUUAAUUUGUGAUUAGUGUUACUUCAUGUUAAUUGGGUGAUUAUUGAGAAAAUUAUGAAUUUUGUAAUAUUAUGUAAUUGUGCAAUAUUAUUAUGAAUUUGUUUGAUUAUUGUGAGAGGUAUUGGGAUACUUGCUAUUGUUGUUGUAUUUAUGUGCCACGUGGUACGCCCCUAUUGGAGCUCAAUAGGUGGCUUGUAAGGGCUCGGGCUAAUCUACCUUUGGCCAGGUAAUUUAACACCGAGUGAGGGCUGCGGUUCGAGGUUAAUGGAGGGAUAUAAGAAUAUUUAUUUGUGUGUAUUGUAAUAUUUCUUAUAUUUGUUGGAAUUAUAUUAUUUUUAAUUCUCACUUAAUAAGCACACAUUUAACUGUUUGUACACACUAUCAUAAAUUGGUAUUGGUUACUGGGACUUUUGAGUCUCAUUAUGUGGUUAACAAUUUUCAGGAGAAGAGCCACAAGUGACACGUGGAGGAGUCCCAGAUGCUUAAUGGCAUAGAUCCACUGUCUCUUUUGGGUAUUUGAUUUAUGAUAUAUAAUGUGUUAUAUUGCCAAUAUUAGGGCUUUUUGUUUAUUAUCAAUUAUAUGAAUAUAUAAAUGUAAUCAUGCCUUUCAAACUAUUUCUAUUUUUAGUACAAUUUGGAUGACUGUAAUUUUAAUAUUUGGUUUACUAUGGAUUGGUUAAAAUGGCAUGAUUAUAAGGCCAAAUAACUGGCUUGUGUUGAAAAUUGACUAAAUUACUUAUUUUACUUGUUGGGAGUAUAAGGAUGGAUAAAUGUGAUUUAGUUUACUUGUUGGGAGUAUAAGGAUGGACAAAUGUGAUUUAGCCUAAUGGCAUGUGGGAGGUAAAAAUUUAUCUAAAAUGUUAUAUUGUGUGAGUUGAAGCUAAUUAUAAAAUAUUUUAUAUUAAAAUUAUUGAUAUAAAAAUAUGUUGGGUGGCUGUAACCCAACUAUGGUUGAGUUAAAUUAUUUUAAAAAAAAAUUGGUGUGUUACAAUUUAACUAUAGUCCUUGAAGCUUUUCAUUAAUUAUUUGAAGCACAAGAAAUAACUGGGAAGCUUGAGUUUUGCUGUGAAAAUGGAUUUUGUUUAAAGCUUGAUGAGUAUGAUAGACUCGAGUUCAAUUUUCAGCUGUAACGAGGAAGAUAGGAUUUAAAGAGAAAUGCAUUAGCAUUUGAAGUAAAAUGAAAAAGACAAUGUAUUUUUACAGACGUUUCCACAGAUGUUUUUGAUAUUUGUGUCAAAGGAUUUAUGUCUGUAUCAUGAAAAAUGUUGGUUCUUUUCCAAUUAUAAUAAUCUAUCAAAAUUUAUAUUUUAAAGCACAAGCAAGUAAAUUAUUAACUUCCUCUCUAAUGUUGUGUUUACUUGUUGCAAAAGGGAAGGGGGUUUUGUUUGCUAUUUUAAUUUCCUUGUCUGAAUCUCUAUUAAGCUCGAUUUCUUUUCUAAAUUCUAUGUUGGUUGCAACUUUCCAUUUUAUAGAUGGAUGAAGACUACUAUGGAUGCUCUGAUUGCUGAAACAUUAUAAGAAGAGUGAGGAACUGAUGUAUGCAAAUAUCAAUUUCAUGUGGUUUGCAAGGAAAAAAUUGAAAAGAGUGGUCCUAUCACUCAAGCUGAAAACUCACAAGUAAAAAGAGGUCAAUUUUUAUUAUUUCAAAGGAGACGCAUAGAGUGAGCUAAGUUACACCGAGAAGUAAGAAAUGAUAUGGUCCUUUUUUUUGUGGCUGAAGAAAAGAUAUGGUCUUUUGAGUGUGAAAAGCUCAAGAAAAAUUGCUGCUUUAGUUAGAAUUGUAAUAUUUAAGAACAUUGUAAUUGUUGUACCUUUUGUAUUAUGACUUAUAAGUAUGGAGGAUAAUGUAAUUAAUUUGAAAUAAUAAAACUUUAGUAGAGUUGUCUUGAGGUUUUUCCCUCAACA